ACGUGACGUGAUGCGGAAGUGACGCGCGGCACUCAAAAGAGUUCAGCAUCUGGGAGCCCCCCAAAAAAACAAAAAAAGCACAGCAGCUAGCUUCGUUUUUUUUCGGCGGACAAGCGGACUUCUGGACGGCAAUAACACCUCGCGCAUUUGGGAUCAGACAGCCAUAAUGAAUCCCGUCUACAGCCCUGCACCAACAGGGGUCCCCUUCACCAAUCCGAAGGGUCUCGGCUAUCCAGCUGGAUUCCCAGUUGGUUACGCUGCAGCCGCCCCUGCAUACACACCGGGUGUUUACACCGGAGCCAACCCAGCUUUCUCAAGUGGUUACGCUCCUGGGACUCCCUUCAAAAUGUCCUGUUCUCCCAACACGGGGACUGUACCGCCAUACUCCUCCUCCACCAACCCCUACCAGGCUGCUGUCUACCCUGUCAGGAGCACCUACCCCCAACAUAACCCUUAUGCACAGGCGCUGAUCCCGUCACAGCAGCAAGGUACUUACUUCACACAGCCGCUGUAUGCAGCGCCACCUCACGUGAUCCAUCACACAACAGUGGUCCAGCCCAACGGGAUGCCCGCUGCCAUGUAUGCUCCGCCCAUUGCCCCUCCCCGCAACAAUGGUGUUGCCAUGGGGAUGGUUGCCGGCACCACUAUGGCCAUGUCAGCCGGAACUUUGCUGUCAACUCCUUCACCAGCGCCAGCCGCCCUUGCCCCCCACCCAGUCACCAUGCCCACAUACCGGCACGCUGGCACACACAGCUACAGCUACGUGCCCUCGCAGUGGUGAACAGCAGGCCCAGCGCGGUUGGGAGACGCUAUAGUUAUGCAUUCACACUCCAGUGUUUCUUGCUCGCGAUGGCGGAUCUGCUCUGCCAGCGGCCUGUUUGUCUUCUUCCAGCAUAAUGUGAAUCUCAAA